CUGGUUUUUUCCAGCUCUCUCUCUUCCCUACUUUGACUCCCAGCCUUCACUCUCUCCUCUCACCGUUUUCUCUUAUCAUUUUCUCGGAGUUCGUCUUUCUCAGGCGAAGGCAAAUUGUCAUCUGCACGACAUAUCCCGGCUGUCUCUCUCUUGAAGACUUAUAUUCUCCGUCGAAGUUCUCUCACGCGCGAAGUUCUAUCUCCGGGGUCUCCCCCUGCGCGACUGCAGCUUGUACAGCUAAGUGUCCAGAGUGGCAAUGACACUAUUGGAAGCACACAAUGGAUUUUUGCUGAAAUUCUUUAACUUCAGUGAAGAAAAACUUCAUUUUCCGCUUGACUGAAGAGCGAAGGUGAAGUAUUGUCUUUCCUUGUGCAUAGGAAGAUGGUAGUAGGAAGGCAUCGAAUCUUUAGAUGGAAUUAUCUUUCACUUGUUCUAGUUACAUUUGUUUUUACAAUUGUAUUACUUUGGACGUGGGAAAAGAAUCCUUUUCGGACUACUCUGUUGUCAGUCAAGCAUCAGUUUUUCAUGCCUUUUUCAGGUUCGUUUUCCAGUCAAUACUUGUAAUAUGUGUGUUAUGUACACAGACAAGUAAUUCACAUUAAAGCCUCAAAUCCUUCUUUUUUUUCUUCUCAAUUCUUUUAUUUUUGUUACUAUCAUAAUGAUUCAAUCACCCUUAUUCCUAUUGAAUGUUAUUGUUGGAAAACACGUGAAGUGCACAUGUAUUAUUAAGCAUGAGAUGGAAUACAUGGACUUGGAUAUAUGCACUGAUUACCAUUAUGCAUGUCAUGUUUAAUUGGUCUGGUCUUCUCUAGCUAAAAAGAAGAAUAUUCUUACAUCUAAAUUUUAGAGAUGAACAGAUGCUCCAUGAUCAGGACUUCUCUUCAGUAUCAUUUUCUUUAUGUUUAGUAAACUAUGUAAGCAUCUAAUAUUGUAGCAAGCAAAAUGGUUCAUUAAGUUCUGGGAAGGGGAACUGACAAAUAGGUAAGACUCCGUUAUCUUUAGAUUUUGCCAGAAGAUCAUAUGCGUACAUGUGUCUGCUCAUUCAGGAUGUUCCUUGUCUUUGAUUUCAGGAAAAUUAAGAAAAGCAAAAGGAUAUUCUAAUUCUAGAUAAGUCAGCCGAAGAUACCUGUGUGUGUGUGUGUAUAUAUAUUUUCCUUUUCUAUGUCCUAGUUUAUGUGUAACUGAAUAUUCUCCAUGGACCUUUUGUAGUUGUACUCCUCGGAUCCAUAUAAUGUGGUCUGGCUAUCAUUUUAUAAUCUACAAUGAAACCAAGUCUAUUGUUCAGAUUAAAAGAAAACGUCUCAGAUUUUAUGAGUAUCAUUGUCAUUUCCAUUUCAAUACCUUCUUGGUUGUAAGCUAGAUCUUUCAAGCUUUCUGAUUCAGUGUUUUCAAUUAUGCUUCAGAAUCUAGUCUUGGGGGCACAAAUUAUUCAUCAGAGCCUUUGGGCCCAAAAGGUUAUACUUUGGAUCGUCCCAGUUCAAUGGCAACAGACAAAAUAAAAGAAAAGAUAUCCCCUUCCAAGCAAGAAGGUAGCAUCAUCUCCUCAAAGGCUUCUUGCGCUGCUGCUCUGUUUCUGUAAUUAUGCAAAGGGUAAAUGGGUAGCAGACAGCCGACGACCAUUGUAUCCUGGGUCUGGCUGUAAACAGUGGUUAUCUGCAAUGUGGGCGUGUAGAUUGAUGGAACGAACAGAUUUCUCCUAUGAAGGUUAUCGUUGGCAGCCAAAAGAUUGUAAAAUGCCAGAGUUUGAGCGGUCUAGCUUCUUGAGAAGAAUGCAGGAUAGGACAAUUGCAUUUAUAGGAGAUUCACUUGGGAGGCAACAGUUUCAAUCAUUAAUGUGUAUGACUACUGGUGGAGAAGAGAGCCCAGAAAUCGAAAAUGUUGGAUGGAAAUAUGGUCUUGUGAAACCUCGAGGAGCCAUUCGACCAGAUGGAUGGGCGUACAGAUUCCCAAGUACCAAUACCACCAUCUUGUAUUACUGGUCUGCCAGCCUCUCUGACUUAGUGCCUCUUAAUGCUACAGACUCAACUUUUGAUAUUGCCAUGCAUUUGGACCGUCCUCCAGCUUUUCUGAGACAAUACAUCCAUCAGUUUGAUGUGUUAGUUCUUAAUACAGGACAUCAUUGGAACAGAGGAAAGCUUGAGGCAAACCGAUGGGUGAUGCAUGUGAACGGAAAACCAAAUGAAGACCCUGAACUUGCUGAUAUUAGGAAUGCUAAAAAUUUCACUGUUUACAGUAUUAUCAGGUGGGUUGACUCGCAGCUUCCCUUGUAUCCCCGACUUAAAGCUUUUUUCAGAACCAUUUCACCACGACACUUCCGAAAUGGGGACUGGAAUACUGGAGGUAACUGUAAUAAUACCGUUCCAUUGACUGGAGGGAAUGAAGUCAACGAAGACGGAUCAAGUGACAAAACUGUUGAAGGUGCUGUUAAGGGUACAAGGAUAAAGAUUUUGGAUAUAACCUCUCUAUCGGAGCUGAGAGAUGAGGGUCAUAUAUCUGGUUACAAGCCUAGGCCGUCCAAGCCAGUAAAGGCUUAUAAGGUACCUAACCCAACUGAGAUUGUAAAUGACUGUUUACAUUGGUGCUUGCCCGGUAUUCCAGAUACAUGGAAUGAACUCCUUGUUGCCCAGGUAUGAAGUUUUCCACCUUGACUAUACUGAAACUGCAUGAGUUUAUGCCUGUUUUCCAGUAAUCAAUCUCUUGAUGCAUUUUUGCGACGCUAGUAAUAUUAACAACGCGGCAAAAAAUUUACUGGGGUGUUAAGAGUUUAAUUACUAGAGAGGAACGACAUCUCGAUAUUCGGAUUCCAAAUCCGCAAUUCUUUAUGUGUCUAAAAUGACCUUUCAUUUUCCUCCCUCUUUUGAUCUGAAGUUCUCUUUUACUCAAGACUUUUAUAUUUGAUUUAGAGAUAAUAGGCAAAAUAUUUGAUUAAUGAAAAUAUCAGUCCUGAGUUGGGAUAUGAUUUCAGAAGAGUCAGAACCAGGGAAAAAGAUUAAAGCUCCUGGACCAUACCUUAAAUAGAUACUUGGGGUGUGGUAAUAUACCAUUGUUGUUGUUAUUAUUAUUUUGAUGAAAUGUACCAUUAUUUUAAAUAUAUAGAAGAAAACCAUACUUAUACA